AUGGCUAGACAGGGAAAAGGUUUGAGGCGUUAUUGCGAUAUCUGCCGUGAUGGUGAUACAGAUUUGAGAUGUAAUCAAUGUGGAAAAGUAUUCCACUUUGACUGUCUUCGUAACUGUAAUCUUAUAGGAAGCGAUACUGAGAUUGAUGAAGAGUCAUUUUGCUGCCCUGAUUGUAAAAAUAACGAGGACUUUUGCUAUAUAUGCCAAGAAAACGAAACUGGCGAUAUUAUGUUAUAUUGUGAUGGCUGCCCUAAAUCUGCUCACUUAGGAUGCUUAGGUUUAGAGGAAGAGCCUGACUCACCAACUUGGUAUUGCCCAAACUGUGAUAAUGAUUCUGGACCAGGUAAGCAUAAAAACAAACAAAUUGGAGAUGUUCGGACCUUAGGAGGUACUAAGAAGACUAAUGACGAGACUGACAUUAACAGCGAUAGUUGUUAUGUGUGCCAAAAAGGUGGGAAGUUACUAGGUUGUGAUUUUUGCACCUAUUCGUACCACCCAAAAUGCAUUGAAACUGAAGUUUUUGCUUUUGAUGGUGACAAAUGGAAAUGCCCUGUUUGUAGAGGUGAGGAUCCCUUAAAGAAUAUGAGACACAAAAGGAUGACCAAAUCGGAGCGAUAUAAACUCUCCCAACAAUGGCAAAACUGUAUCAAAAAGCAAAUUAAGCAGUCCAGCAUCAAUAGAGAUGUCUUUCUUUGGGAAAAUAGACAGGCCAUUUCCCCUUUUGUCUCAAGAAAAGUUCUUGAACGCCUUAAAAAGAAUGCUGAAACAUACCGGAAAUCCAAUCUUAACCAACAACAAAACCUAUCUUCAAGUAUUGCCUCUAAUAAGAAGAGGAGAAUCAGGAAGAUACAGGAUGAUGAUGCUGCUUCUGAUUCCAAUUCUGACUUUGAGGUAGACUUUUCCGAAUCCAACCGAUUGGACUCUUCUUCCGACUUGGAAAACCCCGCGCUUUCUCAUCAUGCAAAAGAUGGCGCCAACUUCUCAGAAUUUAUGGACGCACCAAAGUACCGAGAGGCACAUAUAAAAGCAAAAGAAAUGUCAUUACAGAUUUUGAGUGAGGGUAUAGAAUUGAAGGAUUAUCAAAGAUAUGGUGUUCACUGGUUGUUGUGUGCAUUUUCAAUUAAAGGAGGUGCUAUUUUAGCUGACGAGAUGGGCCUAGGUAAGACUAUUCAGACUUUGACAUUUUUGGCAUGUUUAAAGGCUUUGGGAAUAACCGGGCCUCACCUGAUUGUAGUUCCCUUAUCUACUGUAGGUAACUGGGCUAGGGAGGCUCGAAGAUUUACUCCAGGACUAACUUUGACAAAGAUUUGUGGAAGUAGGUGGGAAAGGGAGCAUGCAAUGAUGGAUCCUGUAGCUUCUGAUGGCCUGUAUGAUCUAUAUAUCACAACUUAUGAGACUGUCGUUACUGAAGAGUCUUUUUUUGUUGACAAUUUUAGAUGGCAAUGUAUUGUCUUGGAUGAGGCACAUCGAAUUAAGAAUGAGGGGGGCCGAAUAAGGCACUCAAUGGAUAGAGUAAGUGGGUCAAUGAGAGUUCUGCUAACUGGAACUCCACUUCAGAACUCACUUAAGGAACUCUUUACUUUGUUAAACUUUUUAUACCCUGAUAUUUUACAAGAUUCUGAGAUAUUUGAGAAGAUAUUCCAGAUGAAAGAUAUAACAAAGAGUGCUAAUAAUAGUGUAUCUUCUGGUGGAAAUGGUAAUCGUGGAUCUGAUGAUGAUGAGAACAUUGAUGAUUUGGAUGCCUUGGGCAUUAAAGUUGACUCUAAAAGAGUGAAAUUGUUUCACUGCUUACUACAAAAGCUAUUAUUGAGACGCACCAAAGAUUUGGUAAUUAAGCUUCCAGAUAAAAUUAUUCGUGAUAUUUGGCUUCCUCUUUCCCCUUCUGGCUGGCAGUGGUAUAAACGUCUCUUGGAUGUAGGUAAUGUUCACGGUGACGUUUCUUUCAGAAAGUUACUUGGUUUGGUUAUCAAGAUGAGAAUUUGCUGUUCUCAUCCCAGAGGAUUAGUUGCAAGAUCAUCUCAGCUUGAUAAACUCUUUAAUGUAUUUGCUGAGGCUUCACCAGAUCUAUUAUCGGAGGUAACUGAUGAUGCCUACAAACUAAAGAGCUCUUUUGGAUGGGAACAUGUUAAGGGGUCUUCAAAACUCUUUUUCUUGGAUAAGCUUUUAAUGCAGCUUCAUAGAGAAAACUGCAAGUAUAUUCCUAACUAUAAGGAAAGCCACGACAAGUAUACUAGGGAACAAAUAAGGUCCAUCAAAUCUAGAAUAUUUGAGUUGAGAAACAAAGGAGGAACUGCUUCAGGUGUUGGGUCGGCUUCUGGUGGUUCCUCAUCCUCUUCUUCAGCAUCUGGAAGUUCAAGUUCAAAUAAUACUAAGGAAAAAGACUCCAAAACUAGCAAGGACAAUACAAUUAAUGAGAUAUUGUCAUUUGAAGAUAGCUAUCAGGUUACUGAUGAGUUUGAAGAAAGCUUUAAAAACCCGAAUUUUAAGGAUAUAUAUUCUCAAUAUAUGUAUGAUAAAUGGUCCAAGAAAGCUGAGGAAAAAGUCAAAAUUGAAAGUUCAGAAUCCACUUUAAAUUCCGAAAAGAAUGAAGGAGAUGAUAAGGAAAUAGUAAAAAUGGACGUUGAUACUAUUAAUAAUAAUAGUAACAAUAUUAAUAGUGAAGUUAAGGCUGAGAAUAAUAUUAGUAAUAGUGAGAGUAAUAUAAUGGGGGAUACCCAACAGGUACCCAUCAAUCCAAACUCAGACGGAGGAUCUAGAAAGUGUAAGAUGCAUAAGAUAUUGAUCUUUACUCAGUUCCAACUAAUUCUGGACGAGUUGGAGAAUUAUUGCCUAUGGAGAGGAUGGCAAUAUAUGAGAUUGGAUGGAAGCACAAACAAGUUGAUAAGAGAAUUAGACAUAAGAGAGUUUGGCCUUCCAGAUAACUAUGUACUGGUUUAUUUAAUAUGUACUAGAGCUGGAGGACUGGGAAUAAACCUGGUUAGUGCAAAUCAUGUUGUGAUGUAUGACGAGGAUUGGAACCCUUUUGUUGAUCUCCAGGCUGUGGACAGAGCCCAUAGGAUUGGACAAACCAGAGAUGUUUGUAUUUGGAAGCUGGUUACCGAAUGGAGUGUAGAGGAGAGAAUGGUUUUCGGGCGUGAGCAAAAGCUUAAGCUUGACAAAAUGAUUAUUAAAGGUUCUGCAAGGGACGACAAUCAAACAGAAUCUGUUGAUGUACAUUCCAAAGUUUUUGAUAAUGACCAUUUUGUUGCUGAGGAAAAGCUUUCAGCUGAGGAGGUUACAAAGCUUAUUAGAUAUGGUAGAAGAGCUUUGCUGCACUUGGGAGAUACCUCUAAAUUGUUUGGAUUAAAUUUGGAAGCUUUAAUGGAUAGGAAGAGGGUUCCAAUUCCUGAUGAAGAUGUACUUAUGCAGAAGGAAGAAGAGGAGAAGGGAGAUGAUGUUCAGAACGUGAUAUCUGGAGAAGACGGACAACAGGUAACCCUUAAAGCUGAUGAAGAGGUAGACAUCACUGAUAUUCUUUGUGAUGAGAUGGAUGAUAAUCCCGGAGCCACAACUGGUGGUGGUUUAGGUAACUGUGGUGGUGAGAAUUCGAAUGCUAUUAAUGGAUCUAGCUUAACAAAAACUAUGUCUAAUGUGAACGUCUCUCCUUCAGACGAAGUCUUGGAUUCAGCAGGGAAUAAUAUUACCUCACAGACAGUCGGUAAUACAUCUAUUAACAUUUCUCCUACGACUAGUGGUGGUGAUGAUGACAGUUUAUGGAGAUCAAAAAGGACCAGAAAACCCCCUCCCCCAGUAUACAAUCCUCUUCAUUGGGAGAUGAAAUCCAGAAGUAAUGAGGACAAGAAGCCCACACUUAAACAUGAAAGAAGUUGUUUCCGUUGUGGACAAGCUAAGUUAGAAUGUUCCAAUUCUGGAAACAAGGAUAAGGCAAACUCUAAUUUAAAUGGUAACAUUAAUAGUAGUAAUUCAGGGUCAACAGCUGGAGCAGUAGCUGGUGCUGGAUGUUGUGGUUCACCACCAAAUUAUGGUGAUGUUUCUAAUAAUGGAAAUGGUAGUAGUAAUAGCAAUAAUUCUACUACUGGAAAGGAUACUAAUUCAAAAGAUUCCUCUGCAAACUCAUCAUCAUCUUCUUCACAGGCAGGAGGUAGUAGCAAAUCCAGUGGAUCAAUAGCUCAAGUUGAUGAAUAUAUGAAGAAGAUGGGGUUGAUUAACUGCAACAGAUGUCCAAAGUCAUAUCAUUGGUCUCAAUGUUUGGGAUUAGACAAGGUACCGCCUAGGACAUGGAUUUGCCCUUGGCAUGAAUGCUGUCUUUGCUUCAGAAGAGCCACUCAGGCAGGAGGACUCCUGAUUCACUGUAGUGAGUGCCCUACAACGUUUUGUAUAGAUUGCUUCCCUCCAGAGUAUGCCAGACAUCAAGUUUUAGACAGUUUUUUUGAGAACUUAAACAAAAGAGGAUGGAAUGUUUCGCGAGACUCAAUGAUUCUUUUCCUAUGCUCCAAAUGUAAGGCACUUCAACAACAAGAAAUUAGGAAGAAGCUUUCUAGACAACAACUUUUAGAGGAGCAACAACGAAGGAGAAAGAUGAAUGAACAGCUUAAGUCGGAUGUACUAAAAUCUGGUCAGAAGAAUCUAGACCAAUUUGCUUAUCUAGGUCCUAACUCAGGGAAUAGAACUAGUCCAUAUUUAUCAGGGAGAAAAAGAAAUAUAGAAGCUGCAUGGAAACUAACAGAGUCUCUUAUAAGGAAAGGAUUUGAAAGGCUUUUUCCGCCUUUGUUAUAUAAACUCCAACAGGAAUAUAUUCAAGAGAAUGCAAAACAUGAAGCUGCCAUAUUAGCUGCAGCUACGAAUGGAGCCAAUGGGGAGACUGAUCCUGAUCUUGAGAAGCAAAUUGGAGGAUUACGAAAGAGCCCUUGGAUGAGGCCUCCUGGAGAAUGGCUUCGUCUAUGUGAUAAUUGCCUUCUUCCAUUCCACGAUGUCUCAGGAUGUCCUUAUCCCUUAGAAGUUGUGAAAGUGUCAGUACCUUCUGGAGUAACUCAAAUUGAUGUACAAACAGGGCAGCCUUUACAACUAGCAGAUGGAACUAAGAUAGCCUCAAUGGAGGAGUUUAUUCUACUUUCCAAGAACGGAGGAGUAGACUCAAAGUUUCAAACACGUUCAUACUGUUCUCUUUGUGGGUUGUCUGGAAGAAUGCAUACUAGAAGAAGCUGUCCUCUUCUUCCAGAUGAAGCAGAGCAAGAAUAUGAGAAGAGGCAAGCUGUUUUGGAUAACUUUAUACAGACUUUGAAUACUUUCCAUGUAGAAUUUCCAUUAGAGUUAACUGAUCCUGAAAAGAUUACAGGAGGCUGGGAAAGUUAUAGGAAAGCUACCCAGAAAAUUGCAGAGGAAUUCUUAAGAGACUGCUUCCUUUCUUGCAAUCUUCACAAAAUUAUAACACCUUCCGGUACUGCCUAUAUUGGCCGUCAAAAUGUUGCAAGAAGUGUAGUUUAUGGAACCCCAGGGACUGGAAUGGGCCAGGUUCAAGGAUCUUCCAAUAUAUUGGGAGUUGGUAAUAUACAUCUCCAAGCUGGAAUUGGAGGGAUGAAUAAUGUUGGUUCAGGACUUUUGAUUCAUGAAGGCCAUAAUGGUGGAAUUCCUUCGAGUGCCAUGGCUUAUCUCGGGAUUGGAGGUGGCUCAUCUUCUAAUUCAAGAAAUUCUAAACAAACAUCAGGCAGAGGAGACCAGUCAGGUAUUGGAGGUUUUACUGGAUGUUCUAUCCCAACCUCUUCCACUAUGAGUGCAGCUGCGGCUGCCAUUCAACAAAGGAUGAAUGACGCUGCGGUGUCUUUGGCCAGAGCCAGGUAUGCAGCGGCAGCUGCAGCUGCAGCAGUUUCUGUGGCUGGGUUCAGGCACCCUCAACCGAUUCUUCCUUUCCCAAUGGUCCAAACUACAGCUCCACCCCAUCCAUACAGUAUCUUUAGUUCUGGUAAUCCUGUUUCAGCUGCAGCUGCAGCUGUUGCGGCUGCAUCAACUCCGCUUUUCUUUGGAGUAUCCAAUCCUAACAUGGCUGCUGCUGCCGUCGCUGCAGCUAGAGCCAAUAUGCUUGUAGGAGCCAAUAUGGCAGCUUCGGUAGCUGCUGCUGCUUCAGCUACAAAUGCCAAUACUAGCUUCAGUACUUCCAAUUCAUCCUCUCAGUCUUUGGGAAGCAAGAAAAGAGCAAUAGAUGCUUUAAAAACUGAAAACAGUAACGGAAACAUGAUUAAUCAAGGAACAAGUUCUACCAACAUAAGCAAUAGUAGUAAUGGAGGGUUUACAGAAACAGUUAAAAACACAUCAAUAAGUGUCGACUCUCCUCCAAACAAGAUUAAAGUUAUAGACAAUAGUAGCAAUGAUAAUAAUGGGAAUUCUGAAUUCAUUAUGGACCUACCAGUCUCAUCAUCACCUAAUCAGAAUUCAUAA